AUGGCAUCCGGACCUCCACAACCUGCUACUCCUGGUCUCUAUGUCAAUCCAGCACCAGUUUCCCAUUUGGGAUUCACUGAACUUCGAAAUUUAUUUGCAACCGAGAUAAAUCGAGCACACCACAACCCAGUUGCUCAAUGUAUGCUUAUCGAACAAUUCAGGGCCGAGCAAGAGCACUUGUGGAGAAUGGAAAUGCAAAAACAGUUCUCAAAUCCGUUUUUUAAUAAUUUUCCCAUGUUUCAACCACAACCGUCACCACAAUUGUCUCCAACUGGAGUCUCUCCAAUCGGUCAAACUUCACCACAACUCCCACUACCAAUGAAUGGAUUACCGUUUUCCCCACAGUUUUCCCCAGACCUGAUGCAAAUGAUGCUUCAAUCACAAUUACCAUUUUUCCCACAACAACAACUUCCGCAACUACCAAAUGGUCAAUCUCUGGAGGCAAAUCAAAACAAGAUCCCACAAAUUCGGCGUGAAAGAAGACCACGUAAACAAGAACCGAAGCAUAAAGAACAUCAACAACUGCCAGCUCAGCCACCGCCGCAACAACAACAGUCAGUGCAGCAACAACCAAAAGCUCAAGUUCCACAACAAAUGCAACAACAGCAACAAACGCCAGCUGAAAUGCCACAACUCACACCACUAAUCUUCCAACAACUUCAACAACAAUUACAAAAACAACAAAAACAACUACAGCAACAACAACAACAACAGCAACUGCAACAACAACAGGAAAUGUUGAAAAGUCCGGAGCAGCUUCAAGUAUCUCCAACAGGCAGAGGUCCGCGUCUUCCUAAUAUUGGCAAAAUGGAGCCAGAAAUGGGACAACUGAUUGAAAAACUAUACAAUCAAACAAUGGAAAUGAAAAAAUUUAUGGAAGAACGAGACAAGAAGUUGUCGAAUCAACCCGCCUCGGAAUACCCAAGACCCCAGAUUUCAUAUGUUGUAUACAAAGAGAUGUUGAGGAAUUUUUCUGCAAAGACCUUCCUUAUGAAUCACACAGGUAUUGAGAACGUUGCUGACAACCAAAAGAAGCUGGAGGCUGAGCUGCUGCAAAUCAAAGUGGAAUUGUAUGGUGCUGGACAUCCAUUGGUGCUACAAAGUUCUCAACUUCAAUCAGAAAUUUCACAACCGUCAACCUCUACAUCAACAUCUGCUCAGUCUUCGUCACAAUCAUCUCCAAACCAAAAUCCGCCAGUUUUAGAACCCCAACUGCCGAUCAGAAAGUCAGUGAAGAAACCGAGAGAAGAGAGACGUCGGUCCCAAUCUUCUUCACGCCAGUCAUCUCCAAAACAAUUACUCAAAAAAACAAGUCCCUCAGUUAUUAUUCCAGUCGGUUCAGAAAUAUUAAAGCAAGAGGUAUACAAGACAAUUCAAGAGGGACUGAAAAACAUUCCAAGCACUUCUCAACAAGUAGAUUUGGACACAGAGCAACCAAGUCAAGGACAAGAACUAUAUGAUCUUUUGGAUGAGCUCUUGCUGAAAACAAACGAUCCUCUACGAAAUACUGUACUCCGUACCCAAUCACUCACACCAGAAAUGGCAGCACAAAUUUUGGAUCGACUGAGUGCACGUUUUGGGAAUGAUAGUGUAUCAACAUUGGUUCAGCCGGCAAAUGAGACUCAUGUUCAGCAACCGCCGGUAUCUAUGGCCGACAUCAGAUUAGUACUACCUGAUAAAUCUGAAAUGAAAUUAACUCAACUUUACUCAUGGCUUUUGAUUUGCGCAUCACAAGUUCCAAAAACAUCUGGAGUGGAUAAAACUAUUCAACCAAGUACUUCACCCAAAACCAAUGAGCAUCAACAACGUCAAUCUGGAGGAUCUAUCGCUAAAGUCCUUGAAAACUUAAGUAAGAAGCAGCGUGAAGAAGAGAGGAGACAACGAAUCGAGACAAAUCAAACUCGUGACAAAGACCGACAGAGUCGUGAAGUCUGGGAAUCUUGUUUUGACUUCGUGAAUGUUUCACGUCCAAAGAGUGUAACUGCUCAAAAUGAGCCGAGUACCAGUGCCGCGUGGAUAUCCGUCGAAGACACUGAUAAUCAAACUUCUCAGAAACCAAUGUCAUUAGUCGGAUCGAAAAAAAGGAAAUCGGAUCACCGCUUUGAGGAGCCGGGUCCUUCUGAGGAAGCCGUGAAUCCUGAAUCUGUUAUCCAAUCUUCAAAAAUAGAAACUUGUGAGAUUCCAAAGAAGAAAGCGCGCUUUGAAAGCUUUGAAAAUGUUGUCCAACCUAUAUCACUGUCUACUUCUUCGUGUAUUCCAUUCCAAGCUCAUGUCGAUAACCAAAUGGACACCACUCCAAUAGAGCAAGUCUCUCCAGUUGGAAUUGAGAAGGAUGAUGACGGGAUUCAUAUGAAAGAAAACCAAAGAGAGAGAAGUAACAGCUCCUUGAAUGGCAAGCAACCUCCGAAUGAUUCAGUUCAUAAUGAUAUGUAUACUGAUGGAUCUUGUCUCGAAGUCGAGAACGAAAUUGAGGUUCCGAUGGAACUUUCAAAAGCUCCACUGAACAACAAUGUCGUCGAGAAAACUCAAUCGGCGCCGGUGUUCAUUGAAAAGAUUCCAGUAGAACAAAUGACGGAAAUCCAUUUCGCAAACUUAGGAGACUUCGUGGUAACCUCAGGAAACGAAAGUACCAACAACAAUGACAAAAUGGAAGUUAGAGAGAACGUUGCUGUCGAGUCUGCCACCAUUCAAUCGUCUUCAAAUCUUCAAGUUACCGCUGAAAAAGUUGUUCCUGCCGUCACGGUCAUUGAUCAAACUUCCCAACCAGCUCGUGGAGAUUCAUUCGAAACUGUUGACUUAUCAGACGACGAUGAUGAUUGUGUCCUUUUGGAAGUUGUCACACCAGUGAAGAACCAACCAUCAACAUCAAGUCAGACUUCACGUGCUGGGAAUGUUGGCUCAGAAAAUUGGGAUAUUGCUGCCGAACGGGCGGCCAUCUCAAGCCGAUUAAUAGCCACUCUUUUGAAUGAAUCAGUCGAUGAGAAGAUAAUAAUAGAAGGACUUAAUAUGAUGAUAGAAGAGAUGGAUAGAAUUGGUGAUGAUGCUGAAAAAGCUCAACAUUUAUUUAGCAAUUUAGUGGCCAAGAUUCGAAAUGAAGAAGGCAAAGAAUAG